UUGUGUCGGGUACACGUACUUUGAUAACUUAACCACCAUUGUGUAUGGACUUGUAACGACUACAAUGUCACGCGAGUUUAAAUGUUAAACAAUGGCUAAUUUAAACUUGUUCGUCCGAUUAGUGUGGCUGCUCACAGUUAAUUAUGGAGUAUGUUCCUCCGAGGCAUGGACUUCGGAAAACAACCUGGAAGAAUUAGAAGAUGAUAUUCCUCGUUUUCCAUACGCACGUGAGACAAAGACAACUCAUCGAAUGACCCUCUACUCGGAAAACGACGGCAGAAAGACGAGUAAUAUCGACGACAUCGUCGCUGGUAUCAUAAAGGAGGCAGAGUUGAGUAACCCGGUGGUUCUGAGGUCGUGGCGAGUGAACCCGCCCCCAACUGACCACAAGACAGUGUCAGUGGACAGUACGGUGGUCAAUCUGUUGGUGGAAGUCCACAGUAAAGGGGUCAGUCCCCGAUUCCAAGUUUACGACCCUACAGGUGAAGUUGUGAGCCCAACGGACGACCGAAAUAUAACAAUGGAAGUGAACAGUAACCGUCUGAAAAUCAUGAAGAUUAAACACCCAAUAACAGGUGAUUGGUUGAUCAGGUUUCCAUCGAAACGGCAUGAAUACAACGUAACAAUUCGAGGAAGUUCAAUGAUUCAGUUCAGGUGUAGAUUCAUCAAUGGCUGGGGGAUUCCUCUAUCAGGUCGACCAAUCGUUGCUUCCAACGUCACACUUCGUAUAGAACUCUUAGGCGGUGAAGACGUGAACAUUUUAACGGAAGUGACGUUGAUGACGCUAGUAGGAACCACAAUUCUAACAAGACCAUUAGGAAAGGCAAGGGGACGUCGCCACAGGACAUACGCGGCCCAUAUAAGGAUACCAGGGGAGGACUUCCGGGUUGGCAUCCGGGGACUUGACAUGAGGUCAAACGUCAUUGAAAGGACACUGAUGAACCCUAUAGUUCCAGACGGCAUCAAACUAUCCCUGAAGGCACUGACGCCAGGUACAGUCCAGACGGGCGGAUCCUACGUACUUCAGUACAGGAUCGUAAACGACGGAACAGGGGCAGGUAACUUCACGGUCACGGCACUCUCUGAUACACCUUACCUGACGUUUACCGUGACUCCGGACUGUGUGUAUUUAAAAGCUGGCGACCACGCCCAGGGCAACGUCACCGUCCACGUGUCUGAGUACGCUGUCCCGGGUACCAAAAGUGACGUCAUCGUUCGUGCAACAAAUACAUCCGGGAACUUCCAAUUCUCCAGCCGUGAGGUGUCUAUUGUGAGUCCGCCCAAUGAUGAAGAUACGCAUGCGCCAGCCUUUUCCACCACAAAUAUUAUUGAUAACUGCGAUUCUGCCCAGUCGAGUACGUGGGAGGUUAUAUUUCAAGUCCAGGACGACGAGUCGGGGAUCCAUAAGGUUGAUGUUGAUGACCACACGGUUUCUACUAUCACCAUGGAAACAUUCGAUGAUGGCCAAGCCAAUAUGCCAGUCAAGGGACAUCUAAGCAUUCAGUGUUCCCGGAAGGAGGUGACGGUCAUUGUUGACGAUGUUGAAGGGAACGAGGGACGAUUUCUGGUCACACAUGGGCGUCACCAGGGUACUACGUCAUCGUAUGUUUCUAUAAAGGGAGAGAUGUCCUCGGAAGCACACAUAACGGCCAUUUGUACAGGAAUUUUAGCUGGGUGUCUGUUUCUGACGAUUUUAGUGACAGUAACUAUACAGAUUAAGAUGAGGCUGACACACAGAAGGAAUGUUGUAUAUGCAAAGACAGAAAACAAAGUCCCUUGUACUUCACGGCGAAUGGACAUGCAAGUAUUUUGACCAAUCGAAGUUUCUGGACGUGAUUUGAAUUUGAAUAUGUAAAUGUGUCAAUGUGAUAUCAAAAAUCCAUUUAUAAAUAAUACUCACGCUUGUACAUUAGAAACACGCAUUAUGUUGACCGAGGACAACCCUUUCAAUACUACUCAUAGAUUUUCUGUAGAUAUACUCUUCAACAGCGCCCUGCAACGUUGGCUGAUCAAACUGCCAAAUGCGAAGGUCAACAUGACAGAUCUUUUGUUAUGACAUUGAUGAUGAUAUACGCCUUGGUAAUUUGCAAUCGGACGUUGCUGUUUGAAGCUACGACAGGAACAUGUCGUGUGGUGAUUUAAUACUCAUAUGUAAAAUUAUACAAUGAAACCUGUCUCUUCCGACAAGGGGGACUGGAUGCUUUAAUCAGGUGUGUCGAUAACCUGCCUUGCUAUUAAAUGCAGGAAAACCAGUCUCUGAUCAAAUCACGCCAGAUAUGACAGCAGGUCUUUACAAUCAGGUGUCGGUUAAGUCAGAUUUCGUAAAAGUCAUGUGUCGUUAUAAGUGAGGCUUUGGAAUGGGCAGGUUUCACUAAACUACACCGUUAAAGUAAAUAUACAAUGCGUUGUCUUUCAUGUUGAUGUUAUUCAACUUAUUUGUGUAUUAAAUUUUUUCUUAAAGGGACAUCGUGCGAAGUAAGAUUUUGUAUAUAUGAUUAUAUAUGACGUCACACAUUACCCUACUGUUACCGUGCACCUGAAGAUCUAAUACAGUGAAAACCUUUGUUCAAAAUGUGACGUCUUCGUUUGUCAAUAAAAUGGAAAAUUACAAACGUAUCGAAAUCAAUCGGAUUUUUUUAACAGAGGUAAGGAAGCAUGAUUAUAACGUGUUCAAAAUAGAACAAAUUUUAUGAAUUUAAAACUUUGCAUGAUUGUUCCGAAAAGUAAGCUUACAAUACAUUAGAUCUUUGUUUAUAUAGUCUUAAUUUUAUUUAUGUCUCAUGUUUACUGAAUUAAAAUACAU